AUUAUUUAUAAUCAAUUAAGCAAAAUGAAUGAGUUCUUUUGCAAUUAUAGCUUCUUCUGACUUAUGGUAUUAUAUGAUUUAUGGUAUGGUAUGAUUUAUAUAAAAAUUAAGGAUAUAUUUUUUACUAUUAUUGCUAUAUUCUCGAAAAAAAACAGAUCAAAUCACUGUUUAUAAUUAUUAAAACUACUGAAAAGGCUUAAUUAAAAAUAAAGGGAGUACAUUUUAUUGUGAAAGAAGAAUGCUCAUAAAAUUAUAUUGAUGUAUAUUAUUACAGGUCAUUAUACAGUUUUCUACCAGUACUCGGACUAGAAAUGUUAUAGGAAAAUUUAAAACCCUCGUCAGACAGAUUGUUGUUGGAGAUAAUUCCAGUAUUUCUAGAGCAGUUUUUAACUGUAAUGAUGAUUUAAAGUAAUGUGUUUUAAAGCAAGUUUGUACCAUGAACACACAGGAGGUAAAUGUAAUUUGCUCCAGAGAGUGUGAUUGGUCUUCAGUCCUAAGGAAAACUUCAAAAGAAGAUCUAGCAAAUUUCCGAUGGGAGAUGCUGCAACAAGAACUUCAGGACAAAGCUUCACACUUGUUGCAGUUCAUGAUGGCUGCUGUAAGCAAUCCCAGGCAGAAAUAUAACAUAAGAAAAACAAGCGAACAUAUAAUGCCUGCAGUCCUGGAUGCAACUGCAAAGCUCUUAAGUCUAUACAAUGACAACAUGAAUGCGAUAAGAAAGAUCAAAGGGAUCAUUCUGAAGAAAGCAGGACUAAAAAAGACUGGAUUUAUGCGUUUGGCAGCCCUGUACGACACCAUUACCUAUCCAUCUAUAAAUAGAACCUUAGAAGCCUUUGGUGAACAUUUCCAACAACCACUCCUUGGAUGGAAAAGGUCAGAAGAAGUAGCGUAUGAACAGGAGAAAGCUGGUUCUCCAAUAGAAGAAUCAUUACAGGAUGUUCCCUCUAAGGAAGAAUCCAAAAUGCCACCCGGUUAUUCAUUUACAGGUAAUUCCAUUAUUAUAAGAACAUUUAAGAAUAUAAAUAAGAUAAAUCUUUUAACAUGUUUAACAUUUAAAAAAGUUGUUUACAAUUUAAAAUUAUCUGAAAUUGAAAAUUACAUUGCUUAACAUAUUUAAAUUUUCCAAAAACUAAUAAAUUGUAUGGUUAUCAUACAUUUUUGUACUGUUAUUAAAAUGUUUAAUGUUAUUAAAAUGUAUAUUAUUUUUCCAUUGUGUUGGUAUUGAUCCUCAAUAUUUAUUUGUUUUUAAUAAGGUGACUGUGCCGGUAGCGGCCAGAGGACGAAAUUGCAACAAGGAAAAUACAGAAGCACAAUGUUGAAAUAAGAGUAUCGGAUAGCUUUAUUAUCGUUCUUGCCUGCUCGAUUGGUUGUUAGCUAUCCGAU